CAGCGGGGCUGACAGGAGGGAGCAGAAAUGGCGGCGCGCUCCCGUCAGGUGGCGCGCUCAUGCGGGGACGCGCUCCGCUCCAGCUGUGGCUGUCUGACGUGGCAGAGCUCGCUCCCCUCCUCCCUGUGCUGCCGGCUCCGCUGCAAGUUCCCCACAACUAGAACCGUGCUACGAGCCGGGACGUCACCGCCACGACAGCAGGUAGAACAAACAUUGCAGCUGCUAAUGAAAGAAUGAGCCAACAAGGGUAUGUGGCCUCCCCUCCAUACUCUCAACCUCAGCCGGGACUGGGAGGUUUUUCUCCAGGCUAUGGAACACCUGUAAUGUCACCAACCUAUGGUUUUCCUGGUGCUACAAACAUUGCAUCUCCUCCACCACAGACAGCUGGCCUGAAACCGGGUGCACAACUUGGAUCUCCUGUUUCCCUAAACUCCCUACCUCCUCCUUCUUCUCAGAAUAACUUAUAUAAUGGAUCAAAUACCCCUGGAAACCUUGUUCAAAGACAUCCAGGACCUCCAGCUACCAGUAAUGCUUCCCCUUCUUACCCUUCCUUUGGUCAGCCUUCACCACAUUUCAACAAUGCUCCUCCAGCACCAGUUCAGCAGAUGACCAAUCAAUUUAACAGCAUGCAACUAGUGGGAUAUGGUCCUCCUGGAUCCAAUAACCCACAGGGGCCUCCUAACCCAAAUAUGCCUGGCAGUUUUCCACCUCAGACACGUCACAUGGCACCUGGCCUUCAUACACCUCCAGGAGUAGUUAGCAAUUUUAAUGGCUUAAAUUCUGAGCCUGCCUUACCUCAUGCCAAUAUUCAAGAUGGAAUGAAUGCACACUCUCCUUUCCAACAACAGAUGCCAGGACAGCCCCCAAAUUUUGGAUAUCCUCCUCAAAAUCAAAACAGUUAUGGUCCUCAGUUACCAGGACCACCAAUGCCAUAUCCUGGUGCAUUGCCUGGAAGCCAACAGCAAAUGUCUGGCCCACCCCAAAAGAAACUGGACCCGGAUUCUAUACCAAGCCCAAUACAAGUGAUCGACAAUGAUAAGGUCAGCAGAGCUGGACAAGUCUAUACCACUAACGUCAGAGGACAAGUGCCUCCACUUGUCACCACAGAUUGUACUAUACAGGAUCAAGGCAAUGCAAGCCCACGAUACAUUAGAUGUACAACUUAUUGUUUCCCUACCUCCUCCGACAUGGCUAAACAGUCUCAAAUUCCACUUGCUGCUGUCAUCAAGCCUCUAGCCAGUGUUCCCUCAAAUGAGACUCCUCUCUAUCUUGUAAACCAUGGAGAAACUGGGCCAAUUCGAUGUAACCGGUGUAAAGCAUAUAUGUGCCCAUUCAUGCUUUUUAUUGAGGGGGGAAGACGAUUCCAGUGUGGAUUCUGCAAUUGUGUAAAUGAAGUCCCUCCAUUCUACUUUCAACAUCUGGACCAUAUUGGCAGAAGAGUGGACUAUUAUGAAAGACCAGAAUUAUCUCUGGGAUCUUAUGAAUACGUUGCUACUCUGGAUUACUGCAGGAAAAACAAACCUACCAAUCCACCUGCCUUUAUAUUCAUGAUAGAUGUGUCCUACAGUAACAUUAAAAAUGGCAUUGUCCGCUUGAUUUGUGAGGAGCUGAAGACUGUAUUGGAUAGACUGCCAAGAGAAGAGAAUGCCGAGUCCUCAGCUAUCCGUGUGGGAUUUGUCACUUACAAUAAGGUUCUGCACUUCUACAAUGUGAACAGUAACCUAGCCCAACCACAGAUGAUGGUGGUGACAGACAUAGCUGAAGUUUUCCUGCCCCUGCUGGAUGGAUUUCUUGUCAACUUUAAUGAAUCCAGAACAGUGAUAACCAACCUGCUCAAUCAGAUUCCAGAAAUGUUUGCAGACACCAAUGAAAGUGAGACUGUAUUUGCCCCUGUUAUCCAGGCAGGCAUGGAGGCACUAAAGGCUGCAGAAUGUGCUGGGAAACUCUUCAUCUUUCAUUCAUCCCUUCCAACUGCAGAAGCCCCAGGAAAACUGAAGAACAGAGAUGACAAAAGACUGAUUAACACCGACAAAGAGAAGUCUCUUUUCCUGCCCCAGUCUAAUAUGUAUGAAAGCCUGGGCAAGGAGUGUGUGGCAAAUGGAUGUUGUGUCGACCUCUUCCUGUUCCCUAACCAGUACAUUGAUGUGGCAUCAAUGGGUAUAGUAACAUUGCUAACUGGAGGAACACUUUACAAGUAUAAUAAUUUUCAGGUGCAUACUGAUGGCCAGCAGUUUAUAAGUGAUCUCAGAAAAGAUAUUGAAAAGCGAAUAGGCUUCGAUGCCAUCAUGAGAGUCCGCACAAGCACAGGGUUCAGGCCAACAGAUUUCUUUGGUGCUAUAUGUAUGAACAACACGACAGAUGUAGAGAUGGCAGCUGUGGACUCAGACAAAGCAGUGACUGUAGAAUUUAAACACGAUGACAAACUCAGUGAAGAUGUGGGGGCAUUAAUUCAGUGUGCUGUGUUAUACACAACCAUUAGUGGCCACAGGCGUUUGCUUGUACAUAACAUCAGUCUGAGCUGCAGUUCACAACUUGCAGAUAUAUACAAGAGCUGUGAAACCGAUGCCCUCAUAAACUUCUUUGCUAAAUCAGCUUACAAAGCCAUCCUGCAUCAUCCUAUGAAGACUGUCCGUGAUGUGUUGGUCAACCAGACAGCUCACAUGCUAGCCUGCUAUAGAAAGAACUGUGCUAGCCCAUCAGCUGUGAGUCAGCUCAUCCUCCCGGACUCCAUGAAAGUACUUCCAGUCUACAUGAAUUGUUUAUUAAAGUACGAGGUUUUGGUCGGCAGCCCAGAGAUUGCCACAGAUGAGAGGACAUUUCAGAGGCAGCUGGUCAUGUCAAUGGAUGUGGCCAGUUCACAGCUAUUUUACUAUCCACUUCUUUUACCUUUACACACAAUGGACACGAAUAGUGACGGCAUUCCCCCAGCUGUGCGUUGCUCAGAGGAACGUUUGUCCGAUGGAGGAAUAUUCCUGUUGGCUAAUGGCAUGAACAUGUUCCUGUGGCUUGGAGUCAGUUGUCCCCCAGAAUUCAUCCAGGGAAUUUUCAAUGUUCCAUCUUUUGCGCACAUCACCCCAGAAGCUACAUUAGUCCCUGAGCUGGACAGCCCUCAUUCCAAGAAGCUAAGAUCUAUUAUGGCAUCCAUUCAGAGCAAGAGUUCUUACUCAAUGAAGCUUGUCUUGGUGAAACAGAAGGACAAGGCAGAAAUGGCUUUCAGGCAGUUACUGGUGGAAGACAAGGGCCUACUUGGUGGAACGUCAUACAUGGAUUUUCUCUGCUGUGUUCACAAGGAGAUUCGCCAACUUCUUACUUAAGCCAACUGGAAAAUAUGAGACAUCCACAUCCACAUUAACCAGUUCACAGCCCCAUGCUAUCAUUAGAUGGUGCGUAGCAUGUACUACACAGCCUCAUGUGAGCAGGUUCACAACGUCCAUCAUUUCUUUGUGUAAGGACUCUGCUUAGUGCGGACAUGUGCUCAUAUUUGGAGACAAAUCAUUUCUCUCUUUAGAAAUAAAAUAUUUCCUUCUUGA